AUGUUGGAGGCUUUUGAGAUUUUAACGACCUCCGGUGUGGUCCUCUGGUCCAAGUCGUAUGCUCCAGUGGGCGCACAUGUCAUCAACAGCCUGAUCAACGACGUCUUCAUUGAGGAAAAGGUCGUUCCCAGCGCCACGGGAGUGUCGCCAGCAUUCAAGAAGGAAAAAUACACUCUCAAGUGGAAGCGAGUCAAGGAGUUUGAUUUGAUCUUCGUGGCCGUCUACCAGUCGCUGCUUCACCUCGGAUGGAUUGAUAAACUUCUGGAGAACAUUUCGACUAUCUUCAUCGACCUCUACAAAGACCAAGUGAAAGGAAACCGCGCGAGAAUCCAGAACUAUCGAUUUGAUCAAUACUUUGAGCAGCAAGUCCGGGAGCUUGAGGACAACUCUGGAGGUUUUGCAGAGGAAUAUGAAGCAGAGUCGGAAAAGAAAGACCCGCUUGUCUCAUCGGAUAAUGGAGGCCCACCGCCGCCACCAAUUCCUGGCCUGGUGAAAGCGCAGCCUAGAGCUGUGCUAGCCGGGGCAACCUCUGACGAGGGAACGCCACCGGCCACACCUGAUACUUCUAGAUCUUCGACUCCCGUAAAAGGCCAUCUUCUUACCGCCAAGGCCGGACCUGGAGGUCGUGUUUCUCGCCGUGCGCGCAAGGCUGCCUCCAGCGCCAAUGCGUCAUCUGGCGAUGAAACGUCCCGCAAGGGAAAGCCUGCCAAGGCCCCCGCGAAGAAAAUGCGCAGAUGGGAUGCUAGUGGGAUGGCGGAUGAGGAUGACGGAGAGAUCCUUGAUUACUCCGCCCCCGCUGAUGAAGGAGAGACUAUUGCUCCAGUGGUGGAGGCCGUCUCUGAGGGUGAUAUGGGUCGCAGGACUGGCAAGGGUCAGUUUGUGCUGAAAGAGUUGGGCGAGGAAGUCCAAUCCAUUCUAGAUCAAGCCGAUGCCGACAAGGCUCAAUCCACUGGGUCUUCUGGUGUCCUUGGGUCUGGCUUCAAUGCCGUUGGGGGCUUCUUCCGCAACAUUGUUGGCGGAAAGGUAUUGACUGAAUCUGAUCUCGAGAAGCCUUUGAAGGCGAUGGAAGAGCACCUUUUGAAGAAGAACGUUGCUCGCGAAGCUGCGGUUCGUCUCUGCGAUGGAGUCAAGCGUGAGAUGGUUGGAAAGAAGACUGCCAACUUCCAGAGUGCCGAUGCUGCAUUGCAGGUGGCCAUGGAGUCUUCGUUGCGGAAGAUCCUGACCCCGACGUCCUCAUUAGAUCUGCUGCGUGAGAUCAACGCCGUGACUGCUCCCACCACCAAGGCGCAGGCCCCUCGGCCAUACGUCAUGUCUAUUGUCGGUGUCAACGGCGUUGGCAAGUCGACCAACCUGAGCAAGAUCUGCUACUUCCUCCUGCAGAACAAGUACCGAGUCCUCGUCGCAGCCUGUGAUACUUUCCGUUCCGGUGCUGUCGAGCAACUCCGUGUGCACGUAGAUCGUCUUAAGGAAUUGAGCGUCCGCGAGAACGCCGGUGAUGUUGAGAUCUAUCAGAAGGGCUACGGCAAAGAUGCCGCCAAUGUAGCCAAGGACGCCGUUGAUUACGCAGCCGCUCAAAAGUUCGACGUUGUCCUGAUCGACACAGCAGGCCGCCGCCACAACGACCAACGUCUCAUGUCUUCGUUGGAGAAGUUCGCCAAGUUCGCCAACCCGGACAAGAUUUUCAUGGUUGGUGAGGCUCUCGUUGGCACGGACAGUGUCAUGCAAGCACGCAACUUCAACCAAGCCUUUGGCACAGGCCGGAAUCUAGACGGAUUCAUUAUCAGCAAGUGUGACACUGUUGGUGAUAUGGUGGGAACACUUGUCAGUAUGGUUCACGCCACUGGAAUUCCUAUUGUCUUCCUUGGCGUCGGUCAGCACUAUGGUGAUUUGCGGGGACUUAGUGUUCCCUGGGCUGUCAGUUUGUUGAUGAAGUGA